GCGAGCAGCAGCAUGCUCUAACAGAGAGAGAGACUUUACUUACUGACAGCAGCGCAGCAGGAAAGACGGAAAAAAAAAAAAAAAUACCAGCAAUGAAACUCGCAUCAGGAGCUGAGCAGAAAUGCGCGCUGUGGUGAGAGUGUGUUUGUCCCAGAAUGAGCCGCCGACCUCCGGAGCCUGCAGGACGGAGAGCAGGAGGCAUGAAGGCAGCCUGCUGGAUCCUGACUGUGAGCGCUCUGAUCAGCACUCACACUGCUGCAGGAUCCCCGCUGCUCCUGGACCCUGAGGUUUUUCUGGAAAAGUAUGGCUACCUUCAUCAGGACAACCACAUCCACAAUGAAGUUGAGGUGCAGUCAGCUGUCCGGGAGUUCCAAUGGCUUUCCCGCCUUCCUGUCACCGGUGAACUUGACAGUGCCACCCUGAGGCAGAUGGCAGAGCCGCGCUGUGGGGUGACAGAUGAGGGCAGCCAGCAGAUCUGGGCUCAGAGGGUCAACACCGUCUUCACUGGAGGUGGUGUUGGUGCUGCAGGGCGAGAGCAGCACCGAAGGAAACGAUCUGCAGGUAAGCCGUCGGGCGAUCGUCCUGUGAGGCUUCCAGGUCAGGUUUUGCAUGCGGCGCUGCAGGAGUGGGAGUUCAACGAGAUCGACAACGGGCAUCAGAACACGGGCCAGCCUCUCUACUGCCAGGGAGUCUUUGAUGCCAUCACUAUGGACCAGAAUCAGACGGUGCUGGUGUUUCGGGGCAGUGUGUACUGGACAGUAUCAGCUGAUGGCGUCGUGAGCGGCCCGCUGCCUCUCCGUCAGCGCUGGUCUGAUCUGCCUCUGGCCAUCGAGGCUGCUGCUUUCUCCCCGCUCGACUCCAAGUGGUAUUUCUUCAAAGGGAAGCGGAUGUGGCGUUACACCGGCAGCGCGCUGGACCGAGGCUUCCCCAGAAAGAGCAGUGAACUGGGUCUGCCUCGCCACCCUGACUGCGCCUUCUAUUACGCCCCUCUGGGUCACAUGGUCCUCUUUAAGGGCUCCCGCUACUACGUCCUCAACCUCAAAACUCUGCACCAAGAGCCCUACUACCCCCGCCGGCUGACAGAUUGGACUGGGGUGCCAGAGGGGACCAACGGGGCGCUGACCCGUCCAGACGGCCGCCUCUACCUGUUCAGAGAGCAGCAGUUCUGGAGGUUUGACACGGUGAAGGUGCGAGUCACCAGAGAGGGCCAGUGGGCCAAAGAUCUGAGCUGGACUGGCUGCAGCAACACUCGUCAGAACAAUAACAUCCUUUGACCAGCAGAGGGUGCUGUAAGCUUUAAAGUGCAAUGUGUUGAUGGGUGCUGAG